GGUACUCUAUAAAACCAAACUUUACGAUAUCCUUAUGAACAAACUUUAUUCUGACGUAUCAAUAAAGUUAACACCUAGUUAUGCAAAACACGAUCUCCGAUCAAGCACGGGCGGGAAUCCGACUUAGUGGCGGCAUUAUAAUUCCGCCCAGAUUGAGUUUGACUACUCACCUCAUGAUUGGGCAUUGAAAUUUCCUUACCUCAUAUUCUCGACUACCACUGCAUAAUCAUUCACAACGACGACUAAUAAUUGCUCAAUGAUUUCAUCUUACAAAUUGGGGGGAAUCACUAAGCAUGAUGCGAUGGCUCAAGUUCAAAUACCAAGUAAUAUAAAAGUCGUCACCCUCGACCUUCUUAAACAUGUAAAUCAGAAAAUCAGUUCCCGUGGAAAUCACAAGUCAUCAUCCCAAUCGCGUCACUUCAAAUCAACUCCAAGAAUUUCUACAUAUCAACACCAUGUCCGGCCUCCAAUAUUAUGCAUAUCCCAAGGAAGGCGAAAACAAACUGAAGCAGCAUGGUUAUAGUCAAGCCGUUCGAGUAGGCGAUCGUAUUGAGUGCGCAGGCCAAGGCGGAUGGGACCCCUCAAGCGGCGAAUACCAUCUUGAAAUCAACGCCCAAAUCGACCGUGCCUUUGCAAACGUCGAUUUGAACCUUCGCAACGCAGGGGGUAAAGGUUGGAGCCAAGUAUUUCGCGUGAAUUCCUAUCACGUGCCAAUUAACAAUGAGGCAUUGACAGCCAUGACGAGGAAUUUCAAAAAGUGGAUGCCGGACCAUGCACCAAUCUGGACGUGUGUGGGAGUGACAAGAUUGGGUGAUGAUGAUAUGAGAGUGGAGAUUGAAGUUGUGGCAUUGGAUCCGGAGGGGGCGGAAGCGGCGAAGAUUGCGGGGAAGAAGUAAGGGGGUGAGGUUGCGGGGAAGAGAUGAUUUGAUGUAUUAGUGUUUCAUGAUGGGAUGAAGUUUGGGGCAGUUUAGGCUGACAUUGAGUGUAAAAAGAGGAAAAUCACAUCUCGUUGAAAUAGAGCGUACUUUAACUUUACACUCUAAUUUUUGUAACAUAUAUCACAUCACUACUAUUAUAUCUAUAGGAUAGGUAGACAUCAUUCUCACUAGCAUUUCUAAAUUGACUUGCUCUCUAAUUUCUGCA